AUGAAGAAAAACGGGAUUGAGAUUGAUAACAGGUACAUCAUUCCUUAUAACCCACAACUACUCCUCAAAUAUCAAGCUCAUAUCAAUGUGGAAUGGUGCAAUCAAUCAAGAGCCAUCAAGUAUUUGUUCAAAUACAUCAACAAAGGAAAUGACCGCGUCACUGCAAAACUACUGCAAGAGUCAGCAAAUGGAGGAAAUUCUGAAAAUACUUCUCAAAAUAUAGUAGAUGAAAUCAAGCGUUUCAUUGAUUGUCGGUAUAUAUCACCAUGUGAAGGAAUGUGGAGAAUACUGGGGUUUGAGCUACAUUACAGUAGCACAUCUAUUCAAAGGUUGUCUUUCCAUCUACCUGGAGAACAUAAUGUCACCUAUGAUGACGAGGAAGAUAUUGAUGACGUAUUGACAAAAGAGAAAAAUCAAACGUCACAAUUUUUGGAGUUUAUGAAAAUGUGUAGUCAAAAUUCUGAUGCAAAGGAAUUGACUUACAUUCAGUUCUCCUACUUUUUUGUAUGGAACAAGUCGAAACCAGAAUGGACUCCACGUCAACGAAGUUCAGCUGUUGGUAGAAUCCAUCCUACUUCACCAUCCGCGGGUCAACGAUUCUACUUGAGGAUUCUUUUGAACAAAGUUAAAGGACCAACAUGCUACGAAGAUAUACGUACCGUUGAUGGAAUUACAUAUCCAACCUACAAGGAAGCUUGCUAUGCUUUAGGUUUACUUGAUGAUGAUAAGGAGUACAUUGAAGCCAUCAAGGAAGCAAGUCAAUGGAGGUCAGGACUAGAAAUGUCAAAUGAUCAGCUAAAGAAUCAAACUUUGUUGGAGAUCGAAAAGCAGUUACGCUCCAGUGGAAAUACUCUCGAAAACUUCUCUUCAAUGCCAUUUCCCACAAACAGCAAUAUUCCUUCUAUGGUCAAUAGAUUGAUAACUGAUGAGCUGUGUUACGACAGAGACGCAUUUGCUCAGGAACAUCAAAGAUUACAGUCUAGAUUGACGUCUGAACAAAGGGAUAUUUAUAAUACUAUCAUGAAAGCUGUCACAACAAAUUCUGGUGGUGUGUUCUUUGUCAAUGGAUUUGGUGGGACAGGAAAGACAUUCCUUUGA